AUGCCAUCCUUUCAGUUCGAGCUGGAAUACGCCAAAAGCGCGCGAUCCGCGUGCAAGCAUUGCAAGGAAAAGAUCGAGAAGGACGCAGUGCGAAUUGGCAUGAAGACGGUUGUGGACAUGGAGAGUGCGAGUGCUGCAGAAAGGGCAAAGGGCCACGCAGCGGAGUCUGCGAAGUGGCAUCAUGAAGGCUGCUUCCCGAAGAUCAGGAAAUCUGCCUGGUUCCGACAGCACCUGCCUGAAGACGUGGAAUCCAUCGCCGGCUUCGACGCGCUGGAGGAGGCCGACCAGAAGAGAGUGUCGGCUGUCUUCACGCUUUGCAAGGGCGAGGCUGCGCAGGAGGAGGCCGCGGUUCCGCAGGGCAAGCGCAAGUCGGGUGGGGCAUCGGGCAAGCCAUCCAAGAAGGCGAAGCUUGCCGAGGAGGAGGCUGCACCUGCUAGUGGCCCUAGUGCUUUGACUUCCGAGCAGCACAACUCCAUCGAGACUGCGAAGGCGGAGCUCUCCAGAAAGAGCGCUGCUGCCCUCGGAUGCCUCUUGCAAAAGAACGGGCUUCCAAAGUCCGGCCGAAAGGAAGAGCUCCUCGAUCGGGUUGCCGAGGCGAAGGUGCUGGGCGUCCCGCCUGUGUGCCCGACCUGUGACAAAGUGAAGCUCAGAUGGUCGAAAGUCACAGGCAACUACUCCUGCCCUGGGUUCUUUGAUGAAGAGAAGGGCCAUUUCAGGAAGUGCAAGGCCGACGUGGAAACUUGCGAAACAGAUUUGCAG